UCGAGCUCAUAAUUGUUUUUAAAAACCAUGUGUAUUCCUUACCGCAAGUGAAUGUAAAAUAUGUAGGGCACAACAUGUGUUAGGAUUUUAAAGUCGAAUUGAUGCCUCGUUUCAUUUUACAGCGAGCGGAUGUCUUCCAGUGACUUUUACAUUGGCGAGGAUGGCCCUGACAUGUUUGGCAUGGUCUCCAAUUUAGUAAAUGACUACGAAGAACCAUCGCUUGAUACCUCCACAUGCAGAACUACACAAACCUAUGAUUUAACUACACUUCGGAAUUCCUUAAAUAUCAGAGGAACUGUUGAUCCUUUUGAAAGGAAAGUUUGCGACAACUUAAUGACUCAAAAGACAAGUGAGAAGAAGUUAAAUAAUUUAGGUGUAAGAUCCCAGUCGAAUUUUCUCUUAUCUUUAAGGAAUGAAGGCACUAUUUUUACAAAUCAAAUUCUGGAGCCAUCACCUGACAGUUCAUUAUUUCAAUCACGGAUAGUGGAAUCUCCGGUGAAUAAUUUGCAUGCGAACAAUGGCAAUUUUGACACGUACUCGCAUUCCGCAAAUAACAGUGGCAGUUGGGAACACAGAUUGGACACUAAUGACAAAAAUUAUUCCAGAGUUCAUGCCGCCAUGGGUUUAAGACCUAAAACAAAGUUUGAGAAAAACAUAAAGUCAUCUUUCAGCUCUGUAGAAAACUAUACAUCACUAAGCAGCUAUCGUAUACCAAACACAGUAAACUCUACUAUUGGAACCCGUGUAUCAGACACACUACCAAUCUCUUACAGCAGUCAUAACCUUGAACUUAAAAAGGAGCAUCAACAACAUUUAUUGGACCUCGAAAGCCGUACAUUGCUUGGGGAACAAAUUCCAUUUGUUGCCACGAAUGGUUUAUUUUAUGGACAUUGUACAAAUGGACAAGCCUUUGAAAAUGUGAUGAAUGAACCAAACAUUGAUUGGUCAAAUAAAAGAGAUGAACAUUCAUUUCCCUUUAUCAGAAGUCAGCAUCAUGAUUUAGGUGGCAUGAAAAGAAAACCGAAUGCGUCACCUGAGUAUUUUCAAACAAGCAAUGGGAAUCGGAAUUCUUAUACUUCUGAACCAAACAGUCAACAAAUCCCUCCUUAUCACAAUGACGCUUCAAACUUUCAAGACUUCAAUAGUCAACCAACUUCGUCUUCGUACCUGUAUCCUUCGCUUGAAUUAAAACAGAGGAGUUCAAGUGAAUAUGUAUCAUGUACUUCUGAACCAAACAGUCAACAAAUCCCUCCUUAUCACAAUGACGCUUCAAACUUUCAAGACUUCAAUAGUCAACCAACUUCGUCUUCGUACCAGUAUCCUUCGCUUGAAUUAAAACAGAGGAGUUCAAGUGAAUAUGUAUCAUGUACUUCUGAACCAAACAGUCAACAAAUCCCUCCUUAUCACAGUGCCACUUCAAACUUGCAAGACUUCAAUAGUCAACCAACUUCAUCAUCGUACAUGCAUCCUUCGCUUGAGUUAAAACAGAGGAAUUCUAGUGAAAAUAUAUCAUCUCAAAUCAGGGGGAAUUCUCUACCACUUGGUUCAUUCCUUCCUGAACAAAAUAUUUUUUGUCAACAUGACACAUAUGAAAUGAUUCGAGCUAAACAGGCUCAUUCUCUUCAAGGGCAAAAUGCUUGUUGGAUGUUGCAACAAAGUUUUGAUGGACCAAGCAAUGAGCUGUGCAUCAGCCUAGAAAAGUGUUUCGUGAACGCAAGAGCUCUGACAAGCGAAAUUAAUAUGGUUGAAUCCAAGCUAUUGAAAAAAUACUCGGGUUUGCAUGUUUCCAGUGUUGAAAGCAGCAGUCCUGUGUUGGAUGCCAAUCAUACACACAUCGAUAACCUGAUUUUGUAUCAAAUGAGAGAGAAUAUAAGAUUGAAAACCCUUUUUGGGAAGAUGAAGAGCCUGUGUGGUGUUUCAGUGCCGGACGUCAUCAUCCUAGAUAUUGCCAAUCACUUGAAGGCUGUUGGCUUGGUCAAGCUUCGGCGGCAAGAGGAGGCCAGCGGUAUAUUUGGUGAAGGUAGGCAGAGAUUUGUUUUAUUACAUGUAUGUUGAACUGCUUUCACAUUGUAUGUAGACAACCGUCCUCGGAGGUGCGGGGGAAGGACAAACUAAACACAAAUUAGUUCUAAAAAAGUAGUUUUCAGUUUAAAAGUGCUUAACAGCAUAUGGGUACUGAUAUAUUUUUUUAUAAGCUAAAGCAGCUCAAUAUUGCGUGUAAAAACAUGUUUUUUGAGUCCUUUAUAUCGAUGUUUCAUGCAUGCACUGUAUUACACUAUUACAUAAUAAUGCAUUCAAUUAAAUAUGCAAGCAUGACUCGGGAAUGUGUUCUUUGCAGGUGUGCAGACUCUGGUUGAAUCCGUGAUGCAGCUGUUCAUGUCUAUAAGGAAAUUACGCACAUCCCUCUGGUGUGUUUUGCAGAUAACUCUGCUCUAAGUGUCACUUAUAAUUGCAUACUUGGGAGGAAGGGAUUAUGGAAUUGCUGCCCUACCUUACCUUAUUGUGACACCUUGCUUCAAAAAACAACACGUGCCUCGUAUAUAAACCUUAACGAUACUCCAACUGACCUUCAACCAUUCACCACUCAACUAGUCACCACAAUAUGAAUUGUGUUUAAAUGUGAAGGCUUACCUCACGUUCCCCAUCCCAAUAACACCUGUCCAUUGUAUAAUUUUGAAAUCAGGUUGUGGGCCGCAUCAUGUGUUGGGCUGUUCUUGGACUAGGACAAGGAUGUUCUACAGACUGCUGGGUUAUCUUCUAUCGGCUCAGUCCACUUAACUAUUCUCCCCUGAAUGGUUUCUGUGCCACUGACUCCAUCCCUCCUCUGUUGGUCAUUCUUAACAUUCACCUAACACGACUCAUCUGAUACCACUGCCAGUCUUUAAUUGCAUACCCACAUGUGCGUAAAUAAUUUUAGGUUUAUAAUUAUGUAGAGAUUUAAAUGCUCACGAAUUAAAAUGAAGUGUGUUACAACAUAAGUAAACAAAUGUGUUCAUGACUACACUCAGUUCCAUACUGUAACUAUUUUUCAUCGAAAUCGACAGAUGUAAUCAUAAUUAUGAUAAUCUCUAGAAAUUAUCGUAUGCACUUACACUUCAUUGAUGGAGUUGAAGGAUGGUUUCAGAAUUUUUUUCGUAUAAUUAUGUUCGAAGUUCAAAAGCAGACACUGCAUUAAAUAUUUGGGAAUGAGUUAAAAGCAUGGUUAUAUGCUUGGAGUAUAGUUUUAUCAAAGCCCAUAUUACAUGUACUUGUGAAUUUAUUUUUAAAUGUGCGUGAAAAUUACUGCACAAAAAAUAUUUGGUUAUACUGCAUUCUGUUAGUGCACAAAUAUCAAAACGUCAAUAACUUAUAGUAUAUAAUAGGGAUGUUUCGGGCAAUGGCCCUUACAGCACAAUGGAUGGGAGAGACUGCCUUGUAUACCUUGGAGCCUGAUAAGAGUUAAAGUUGGGACGUAUCAACAGUUUUUCCAUAGUUAAAUAUGCAGGUUUCUUUGAUCCCUACAUUCCUUUGAAAGCUCCAAUCUUUAAAUGGGAGCAGUCAUGUAUAAGGAAGUGUAUUCUAACUAUUAAUUGAAAUGAUAAUUAAGGCCAGGAAAUGAUCACUUAAGUGCAUUUUUCAAGUUCUAAUGCGGUUGAAACGAGGUCAGGAAUUCACUCAGUGGAUUGUGCGAACAUUGUUAAUCAGGACUUAUUUCCACGACCUCUGGGCCUUCCAUGUGCUGAAAAGAGGGGUAAUUUUUUACUGGUAGGAACCUGGUUACACCAGCC